AUGCGUAUUCGCCUACAGCCUCGCAGGAGACCACAAGGUAAGCGACCCCCAGGUAAGCUGAAUGUUGCUUUGUUGUCUUUGCCUGCUCACCGUCUCCAUUUCAGCAAUGAGCAAGCUCAACGGCUAGACAACCUUCCUAUCGCUGCCGCCGCCAACGACGCCGCCGCCGCCGCCGCUGCCGAGACCGCCUCCGUGGAGAACCGCUGGUGUCAACUGCGUGACACAGUCCAGUCGACGGCGCUCGACGUCCUAGGUCGCGCUCCCCACCAACACCAGGACUGGUUCGACGACAACGACGCUGCCAUCAGAAAUAUGCUUGCCGAGAAGAACCGCCUACACAAAGCCUAUGUAGAGCACCCAACUGAGGGCAACAAAGCUGCCUUCUACCGCAGUCGCCGACAGCUUCAGCAACGACUGCGCGAGAUGCAGGACGCCUGGACUGCUCGCAAAGCUGAGGAGAUCCAAGGCUACGCGGACCGCAACCAAUGGAAGAACUUCUUCUCCGCGAUCAAAGCUGUCUACGGUCCGCCGACGAAGGGCACUGCUCCUCUCCUCAGCGCCGACGGCAGCACUCUCCUGACUGCGAAGACGCAACUCCUGCAGCGAUGGGCCGAGCACUUCCGAGGCGUCCUCAACCGCCCUUCCGUCAUCUCCGAAGCCGCCAUCGCCCGCUUGCCGCAAGUGGCGACCAACGCGGACCUCGACCUCCCGCCAUCUCUCCAGGAAACGAUCAGGGCCGUGCAGCAGCUCUCCAGCGGGAAAGCACCCGGAUCGGACGCAAUCCCUGCUGAGGUCUACAAUCACGGAGGUCCCCAACUGAUGGAUCACCUGACUGCGCUUUUCCAAGAGAUGUGGCGUCAAGGUGAAGUCCCGCAAGAUUUGAAGGACGCACUUAUCGUGCACCUAUACAAGCGCAAAGGGGAUCGCCAAGUCUGCGACAACCACCGCGGCAUCUCCCUACUGAACAUCGCCGGGAAGAUCUUCGCUCGCAUCCUGCUCAACCGCCUAAACAACCAUCUGGAACAGGGCCUUCUGCCGGAAAGCCAAUGCGGCUUCCGUCGUCAUCGUGGGACCACGGAUAUGAUCUUCGCAGCCCGCCAACUUCAGGAGAAGUGCCAGGAGAUGCGGACCCACCUGUACUCUACCUUCGUGGACCUGACGAAAGCCUUCGACACGGUGAAUCGUAAAGGACUGUGGAAGAUCAUGCAGAAAUUCGGCUGUCCGGAGCGAUUCACUCAGAUGGUGCGUCAGCUGCACGACGGUAUGAUGGCGCGAGUCACGGACAACGGAGCUGUCUCAGAGGCAUUCGCAGUAACAAACGGAGUGAAGCAGGGCUGUGUGCUGGCGCCUACCCUCUUCAGUCUCAUGUUAUCUGGCAUGCUGAUGGACGCCUACCGCGACGAACGCCCUGGAAUCCGCAUCGCCUAUAGAACGGACGGUCAUCUCCUGAAUCGCCGGCGCAUGAACUUCCAAUCGCGUGUAUCCACAGCCACCGUGCACGAACUCCUCUUCGCCGACGACUGCGCCCUGAACACCACCUCAGAAGUGGAGAUGCAACGGAGCAUGGACCUAUUCUCCGCCGCCUGCGAGAACACGCAGAAGACGGUGGUGGUGCAUCAGCCGCCUCCCAGCUCAGCCACAGCCCCCAACGCGCCGCAAAUCAACGUGAAUGGGACUCAACUGCAAGUGGUAGAGAACUUCCCGUACCUGGGCAGCACGCUCUCCCGCAACACCAAGAUCGACGACGAAGUCACCAACAGGAUCUCGAAAGCCAGUCAAGCAUUCGGUCGCCUCCAAAGCACAGUUUGGAAUCGUCAUGAUCUCCAACUGAGCACAAAGCUGAAGAUGUGCAAGGCCGUCAUCCUGCCGACGCUACUGUACGGAGCGGAGACCUGGACGGUUUACACGAGGCAGGCACGUCGACUAAACCACUUCCACCUCAGCUGUCUCCGCCGCAUCCUGAGGCUGAACUGGCAGGAUCGCAUCCCCGACACCGAAGUGCUGGAACGGACGGGAAUUCUGAGCAUCUACUCCAUGUUGAGACAAAUGCAGCUGCGCUGGAGCGGCCACCUGGUGCGCAUGGACGACGAGCGGCUACCCAAACGACUUUUCUACGGAGACGUCGCGACGGGUUCUCGUCGUCAAGGAGGCCUAAUUCGCCGUUACAAAGAUACUCUGAAGUCCUCCCUGAAGCGCCUGCACAUCAACCCGACCAACUGGGAAGAGCUCGCCCGCGAUCGUCCGACAUGGAGGAGAACAGUGAAGACGGGCGCUGCUAUCUACGAAGCCAACCGCAUAGCCGCCGCCAAAGUGAAACGCGAAGUCCGCAAAUCACAACUUCGCCCAAUACGCAACGCCGCCGCGCAACCUUUCCCUACGUGUCCUCGAUGUCAACGGACAUUCCGUGCACGAAUCGGACUUGUUGGACAUCUUCGAACCAACUGCACCUCUCGAACUGCUACAGCCAUCGUCCCCGCGCCCGCCUCUUCCUCGUCCUCUCUUCCGCCAACUAACUCUGACACUCCAUCUGCACCACCACUUCCAUCCUCCUCCUUCUCCUCCACUGCCCCAGCGGUGGCCGUUCAGGCUGCCGUCUCACACAUCGCCAACCACGACACAGCAACCGCAACCACCCCCACCUGCCCUCACUGCGAGCGCACCUUCACCUCACACAACGGCCUGGUCGGUCACUUGCGAAUCCAUCGCACAGAGACUGGUGAACCAGUGCCUGGAGCACCAACCUAUACCCAUCGCACUCGCCUUCACUGCCCACAAUGCCCUCGCACCUUCCGGAAUCGCAUGGGUCUAUUCGGCCACAUGCGCAUCCACAACGACCUGCGGUAG